AAAAUAAUAGUGGGACCCACAUGUAGCAUAUUUCAUUUGACCAAAUUUCUCUCUCCCAUUGAAUUUCCCAACCAGGGUUAGUUAUAAUAAGAUUCCAAGUUAGAUGCCAACACAUCACACGUGUGGGAGGGGGCAAGAAACGAGUCAGGGGGCAUGGCAGGGAGUGAGGGUUGGUCCAAUGGUCCCUCUCUCUGUUGCUGUUGGGUAUGUUCCUCUGUUUCAUCUCAUAUAAGAGAAAGCAAACACACACCUUAGCUAAAGAGAAUUUGCAGAGCCUUCAGAUUUAGCAUUAUUCUUCUUAUUCCUUUUUUUUAAUAUUUUUAUUUUCUCGUACCAUUCAUUCCUUCUUCCUCUUCUUGUCUCUUAACCCAAAAAAAAAAAAAUGCGUGGCUCUUUACAACCCUUGGAUUUAGGGAUUCAGAUUCCCUACCACUUCAGGUGUCCAAUCUCUCUUGAGCUUAUGACAGACCCUGUUACCGUCUCCACCGGUCAAACUUACGACCGUAACAGCAUCGAGUCAUGGGUGAACACCGGCAACACCACGUGUCCGGUCACUAGGGCUAAUCUCACCGAUUUCACGUUCAUCCCUAAUCACACUCUUCGCCGUUUGAUUCAAGAAUGGUGCGUCGCAAACCGCGCUUUUGGUGUUCAGCGUAUUCCUACUCCCAAACAGCCAGCAGAUUCUGCACUGGUUCGUUCUUUGCUUAACCAGUGUUCUUCCCAUUCUGCCCCUACUCAAAUGAGGCUUAACUCGCUUCGUCGACUCAGGUCACUCGCUCGUGACUCGGAUUAUAACCGUUCUCUGAUUGGUUCUCUCAAUGUUCGUCAUGUUUUGUUACCUAUUGUUUUCGACUACAACGGUUUAGAUGAGAUGAAAUAUGAGUCACUCGGUUUGCUUGUUCUUUUCCCACUCAGUGAGUCGGAAUGCAGUUCAGUUGCUUCCGAUUCGGAUAAGAUUAACUACCUAACGAGUCUUCUUUCUCAUUCUUUGUUUGAUGUCCGAGUCAACUCGGCGGCGCUCAUUGAGAUCAUCGUCGCGGGAACUCACUCGGCGGAGAUUAGAUCUCAGGUGAGCAAUGUCGACGGGAUCUACGACGGCGUGAUUGAGAUACUCAAAAAUCCGAUCUCGUAUCCGCGCGCGCUUAAGAUUGGAAUCAAGGCGUUGUUCGCGCUCUGCCUUGUGAAACAGACGCGUCACCGUGCUGUGGCUGCCGGUGCGCCUGCGGUACUUGUUGAUAGGCUCGCUGAUUUCGAGAAGUGUGACGCGGAGAGAGCUUUAGCGACGGUGGAGCUGUUGUGCCGUGUUCCGGAUGGUUGCGCGGCUUUCGCUAGUCAUGCGCUUACGGUGCCGAUGCUUGUGAAGAUAAUACUCAAGAUUUCGGAUCGUGCGACGGAGUACGCUGCCGGAGCGUUAAUGGCGCUGUGUUCGGAAUCGGAACGGUGUCAGAGAGAAGCGGUUACGGCAGGGGUUUUGACCCAGCUUUUACUUCUGGUACAGAGUGAUUGCACGGAGAGAGCGAAGAGGAAGGCGCAACUGUUGCUGAAAUUACUUCGGGAUUCGUGGCCUCAAGAUUCCGUCGGAAAUUCCAACGAUUUUGCAUGCAGUCAUUUUGACUGAUUUUUUUUUUUUUUUAAUUAUUGUAAUAUCUCAAUUUUAGAAAAUUAUUUAGAUUUGAUUACAAAAAUAGAGAAAAAAAUGGACAUAAUUGUGAAGUUCAGCUUAGGAUCUUUUUAUUUAGACGGAAAAAUAGAAUUUAAAUUCUGUAUUUUAUUAA